AUGGCUAAGUCGAAAGUCCAGUUCCCACAUAAAUUGAACGGAAAUGCACCCAAGAAACGGACAGCCUCCUCCUCGAAUGAGAGUGAAGGAAGCCCAGUACGAACCAAAGAUGUCAAGACAAACGGUACUAUUCCUGCGCAACAGCAGCUUCAGAUUCAGCAAAGUGAAUACGAGAAAAAGAAGCAGACCUUCAUUACAAGAACGAUAUGGACAUUGGCCAUGAUAGCUGGCUUUUUCUUCUUCAUGUUCAGCGGUCAUGUCUACAUUCUAUUCCUCGAAACCGCCAUUCAGAUUAUUUGCUUCAAGGAAGUGAUCAACAUUGCACAGGUACCGACGAAACAACGGGAGCUUCCCCUGACGCGCUCUCUGAACUGGUAUUUCCUUGCCAUCACCAUGUACUUCCUGUAUGGUGAAAGCGUCAUCUACUACUUCAAGCACAUCCUUCUCGUCGACAAAGUUCUCCUUCCACUUGCGACUCAUCACAGAUUCAUCAGCUUCAUGAUGUACAUUCUAGGCUUUGUCUUUUUCGUUGGUUCGCUGAAAAAGAACCACUACAGAUUUCAAUUCACUCAGUUCGCCUGGACCCAUAUGGCUCUAUACUUUAUUGUCGUCCAAGCUCAUUUUGCGAUGAACAACGUCUUCGAAGGCAUGAUCUGGAUGUUCCUGCCAGCGUCCCUCGUCAUUACCAACGACAUAUUUGCCUACAUUUGUGGUAUCACGUUCGGCCGAACACAGCUCAUCAAGAUCUCACCCAAAAAGACUGUUGAAGGUUUCGUGGGCGCUUGGAUCUGCACCGUCAUCUUUGGCUUCCUCCUGACCAACAUCCUCAUGCGCUCGAAGUACUUUAUUUGUCCAGUUACAGAUCUCGGUGCCAACUUCUGGACAGGAUUGGAUUGUGUGCCUAAUCCGGUCUUUCAAGCUCAGCCCUGGCAACUUCCUGUGUGGACUGGGGUCACGAAGACAUUCUGGAUUGCUCCUAUCCAAGGCCAUGUCAUGGUGUUCGCGACCUUUGCUUCAUUGAUUGCACCUUUCGGCGGCUUCUUUGCCUCUGGUCUCAAGAGAACAUUCAAUAUCAAGGACUUUGGUGAUAGUAUUCCAGGUCACGGUGGCAUGACCGACCGGAUGGAUUGCCAAUUUAUCAUGGGUCUAUUUGCGUACAUGUAUUACCAAAGCUUCAUCGCUGUUUACAAGACAACGGUAGGAAGUGUCAUCGAGUCAGCUAUCGUGGGUCUCACCCUCGAAGAGCAGGUGGAAGUUGUUCGGGGCCUGUCGAAAUAUCUUUACAAUCAAGGUGUUCUAACUGACAAGGCCUUGAGUGCUUUGACCAAACAGCUACCCAGGAGGUAG